UGGGGAGGGAGAGGAGGUGCUAUUCCUUUUUCUGCCACAAUCUGUGUUGAGUCAGACCCUGAGGCUGGCUGGGCUGGUUCUGCAGCAGUUUGCUAAGCAGAAUGGGCUGUGGUUAAUGAUUGACCCGUGGGAGACCUCUUCCCUUCCCUCUUGGAAGGCAGCCGGGGAGGUCAGUGCCAGGGACCUGAAAGGGAGAGGAGGAUCUGCAGCAGCUCUUACACAGAGUUGAGUAGGGAGGUCAGAGCCUCCUCUGGAUGGGCCCCUCCUCACCCCGGAAUGACUAUCUCCAAACUCCACGGCCACCCACUGGCGUCGCCAGGGAUCCUAGGGUGAAUUAUUCCAGGAAGUUUCAAUGGGAGAGCUGAAAAACUAAGUCACUCUUGGCCAGCCAACCACAGUGACAGAAAGUGUUGCGCCUACGCUGGUGAGUCUCCGGCUUCUUUGGGAGGCGGAAGAAAGGGAAGUGGAGACAUUUGGGGACCUGGUGGUCUGGGUCUCUCUUCCUCAUGGCUUCAUCCAGUAGCUCCAGCAACAUCUGCUCCCGUGUCAUCGAUCACAGCUAUGUCCCUGAAUUUGAGGUGACCACUUGGAUCAAAAUCACCCUCUUCUUGGUGUACCUGAUCAUCUUCGUGGUAGGCAUCCUGGGCAACAGCGUCACCAUCCGGGUCACACAGGUAUUGCAGAAAAAGGGCUAUUUGCAGAAGGAGGUGACAGAUCACAUGGUCAGUUUGGCUUGUUCAGAUAUCUUGGUCUUUUUGAUUGGCAUGCCCAUGGAGUUCUACAGCAUCAUCUGGAACCCCCUGACCACACCCAGCUAUCCUCUGUCCUGUAAGCUCCACACGUUCCUCUUUGAGAUGUGUAGCUAUGCCACAUUGCUGCACGUGCUGACCCUCAGUUUCGAGCGCUAUAUAGCCAUUUGUCAUCCCUUCAGGUAUAAAGCCGUGUCUGGACCUUGCCAGGUGAAACUGCUGAUCGCCUUUGUAUGGGUCACCUCCGCCCUGGUGGCACUGCCUUUGCUCUUUGCCAUGGGUGUCGAGUACCCUCUGGUGAAAGUACCCACUCACAGAGGACUCAACUGCAACCUCUCUCGCACCCGCCACCACGAGCAACCUGAAACCUCCAACAUGUCCAUCUGCACAAACCUCUCCAACCGUUGGGAGGUUUUCCAGUCCAGCAUCUUUGGGGCCUUCGCUGUCUACCUGGUGGUCCUGGUGUCCGUGGCUUUCAUGUGUUGGAAUAUGAUGAAAGUAUUAAUGAGGAGCAAGCGGGGCACUCUGGCAGGGACCGGGCCACAGAUGCAGCUGAGGAAAUCGGAGAGUGAAGAGAACCGGACCGCAAGAAGACAGACCAUCAUAUUUCUGAGACUCAUUGUGGUGACACUGGCCGUGUGUUGGAUGCCCAAUCAGAUCCGACGGAUCAUGGCUGCAGCAAAUCCCAAACAUGACUGGACCAAGUCGUACUUCAGGGCAUACAUGAUCCUCCUCCCCUUCUCAAACACCUUCUUCUACCUCAGCUCCGUGGUCAACCCUCUGCUCUACAACGUGUCCUCUCAGCAGUUCCGGAAGGUCUUCUGGCAGGUACUCUGCUGCCGGCUGACUCUGCAGCAUGCCAACCAGGAGAAACGCCAGCGUGCCCUCUUUAGCUCAACGAAGGAGAGCACCAGCUCAGCCCGAAGCCCCCUCAUCUUCCUAGCUUCCCGGCGUAAUUCCUCCAGGAGAACUAACAAGGUUUUCUUAAGCACUUUUCAGGCAGAGGCUAAGCCCCUAGAGGCUAAACCCCAGUCCUUGAGUCUCGAGUCACCACAGACUGACUCAGAGACCAAAGCAGCAGAAUCCACCACAGAAGAUAGUUUACAGGAGCAGGAAGUGUGAAAG